CCGUGUUAUUGUUUAGCAUGAAGACGUCGUUGAUCCACACUUGGUACAGUCCAAUGUCCUUCGCUUAGAGAAGGAAGACUUUACGGCUACCGUUUGGCGUUAACAUAAGAUCACUCCCUCAUCUUUUACCCUGCUGUGGUUGUAGGAACCAUGGUCAAAUUCGCAUUACCAACCAGUGUGAAUUGGGCACACAUAUUGGUUCCCAUGGGCUUUGUGAUUGGAUGGUACCUUGACAAACAACAGGACCAGAAGCUGACAGCAUUCAGAAACAAGAGUGCACUGUACAAGAGAGAGUUGAAACCUGGUGAGGAGGUGACCUGGAAGUAGACGCUUCACUGCUUGUAAAGUUCCAUCUGUUUAAGUGUGAAUGAAUAAUGAUGAGUGGCCCUCAAGCUGUAAUGUUGAAGGAGACUGAUAUACACCUUAUUUUGAGUUGUAUCAACUAAAUAAAAAUGUCUGUUCUCAAAAA